CGCAACGAUAACGCUUGCUCGCUUCAACGCUCAAGUCACUAGCGCCCCCCGCCCCGUCGUUCCGUUUUCGCCAAGCAGCUAUGGCCCCCGUCCAGGUCCACGUUCUCUACUGCGGUGGCUGAGGCUACGGGUCGCGGUAUCGCAGCUUGGAAAAUGCGAUACGCAUGAAGUUCCCGAACGCGGAUAUCAAGUUCUCAUUUGAGGCAACCCCCCAAGCCACUGGCUUCUUCGAGGUCGAGGUUAACGGCGAGCUGGUCCACUCCAAGAAGAACGGUGGCGGCCAUGUGGAUAACCAGGAGAAGGUUGAGCGCAUCUUCGCCAAGAUUGGUGAGGCGCUUGCCAAGUAAAUAACCCCCAUGGCAGCUGCAUAAUUAGCAGCGGCUGGCAGCGGUGCUUUGCGGACACACCGGCGCCAGCGGCGGCCAGGGCUGAGAGUGGUGUUGGCAGCAGCGGCAGCGCACUGAGCACUGCCGCCCUGUCGCCCGGUCCCGGCAACUGAUCACCUGCCAACCCGGCUGGCAACAAGGUUUCCUGUUUGGCGGGUUGCUGGGUGAGACAUGAUGGGCGCGGGCUUUAAAGGGCUACAGGCCCUUGGUCCGCCCCGGAUGCAAAUGAUCACCCUAGGCAACGCCAACUAGGAGGUCAUGAGGCUGUGCCUUGUCCUUUGAAAAUAUCGUGCAAUGAUAUGUAUCGCAUGUGUGUGUGUGGGGGGGGGGAUCAUGAACGUCAAACGAGCGUGUUGUUCAGCUGACCGCGCAAAUAAUGUGAAUUCAUAGUUAUUGGUGUUGAUGUAGCGUAUGAGUUGUGGGCUGUAGAUCUGUGCCGAGUGAUUAUGUGGCAUGACAUGUGCCAAAGCGCAAUCAAGCAGGGUGGCGUGGGCCACACCACCAGCGCGUGGAGGUGCGCAGGGGCCCAUUGUUAUUGCCAUGUAAGAUGGGUUCAUU